UUAAUGGAUUCUGACAUGGAUUAUGAGAGGCCAAACGUAGAAACUAUCAAGUGCGUCGUGGUCGGGGACAACGCGGUGGGCAAGACCCGGCUCAUCUGUGCCCGCGCCUGCAACGCCACGCUGACCCAGUACCAGCUCCUCGCCACCCACGUGCCCACGGUGUGGGCCAUCGACCAGUACCGCGUCUGCCAGGAGGUGCUGGAGCGCUCCCGGGAUGUGGUAGAUGAUGUUAGCGUGUCCUUGCGGCUCUGGGACACCUUUGGUGACCACCACAAAGACAGGCGCUUUGCCUAUGGCAGGUCCGACGUUGUGGUUUUGUGUUUCUCCAUCGCCAACCCCAACUCCCUGCACCAUGUGAAGACCAUGUGGUACCCAGAGAUCAAGCACUUCUGUCCCCGCGCGCCCGUCAUCCUGGUGGGCUGCCAGCUCGACCUGCGCUACGCCGACCUGGAGGCCGUCAAUCGGGCACGGCGCCCCUUGGCCAGGCCAAUCAAACCUAACGAGAUCCUUCCCCCGGAAAAGGGGAGGGAGGUAGCCAAGGAGCUGGGGAUCCCCUAUUACGAGACGAGCGUGGUGGCCCAGUUUGGCAUCAAGGACGUCUUCGACAAUGCCAUCCGUGCUGCCCUCAUCUCCCGCCGUCACCUGCAGUUCUGGAAGUCCCACCCCCCUCCACCCAUCAUCAUCGUCCCGGACCCCCCUUCCAACAACGAGGAGCGCCCAGCCCACCUCUUGGAGGACCCCCUGUGUGCAGACGUCAUCCUGGUGCUGCAAGAGAAGAUCAAAAUCUACGCACACAAGAUCUACCUCUCCACCUCCUCCUCCAAAUUUUACGACCUGUUCCUCAUGGACCUGAGCGAGGAGGACCAGCAGAGCGCCGCGGGGCACGGCUUCGGGGUGGCCAUCACCGCGGCUGCCGAGCGGAUGCUGCACCAAGAGGAGAGGCACCACGGGCGGGAUUUCCUCCUCCGAGCUGCUAGCUUUGAUAUCUGCGAGAGCACCGAGGAGGCCGGAUCCGGCCAGCGAAAACCGUGCCUUAGAGCCUCCACCAGUGACGGGAUCCUGCGGGGCAACCGCUACGAGAACGGGGAGCGUGGGCUGCGGCGGGGAAGGGACCUCUCCUCUUGGAGCCGGGCUUUCACCAGCAUUCAGGAGGAGAUGGCAGAAGACCCUCUGACCUACAAGUCCAAGCUCAUGGUGGUGGUGAAGAUGGAUGCUUCCAUCCAGCCAGGUCCUUUCCGGGCUGUGCUGAAGUACCUGUACACAGGGGAGCUGGAUGAGAAUGAGCGGGACCUCAUGCACAUUGCUCACAUCGCUGAGCUGCUGGAGGUGUUCGACCUCCGGAUGAUGGUGGCCAACAUCCUCAACAACGAGGCGUUCAUGAACCAGGAGAUCACCAAAGCCUUCCACGUCCGGAGGACCAACCGGGUGAAGGAAUGCCUGGCCAAGGGGACUUUCUCAGAUGUCACCUUCGUGCUGGAUGACGGUGCUAUCAGUGCCCACAAGCCCCUGCUCAUCUCCAGCUGUGACUGGAUGGCCGCGAUGUUCGGCGGCCCCUUCGUGGAGAGCUCCACCAACGAGGUGGCACUUCCUUACACCAGCAAGAGCUGCAUGCGGGCGGUGCUGGAGUACCUCUACACCGGGCAGUUCAGCUCCAGCCCCGACCUCGACGACAUGAAGCUCAUCAUCCUCGCCAACCGCCUCUGCCUGCCGCAUCUGGUGGCUCUCACCGAGCAGUACACCGUCACCGGUCUGAUGGAGGCGGCGCAGAUGAUGGUGGACAUCGAUGGGGACGUGCUCGUGUUCCUGGAACUGGCUCAGUUCCACUGCGCCUACCAGCUCGCCGACUGGUGCCUCCAUCACAUCUGCACCAACUACAACAACGUCUGCCGCAAGUUCCCCCGGGACAUGAAGGCCAUGUCGGGAG